AUGGAAAUGGCACAAUUUCAUCUACCUUCAUCGCUCGAUCUGACAGACCGUAAUGUGGCACAUAGCUUUAAGAAAUGGAAACGUCAGUUACAAGUUUAUAUGGAAGCUAGUGGGAAUAAUAACAAGCCGAAGCAGCGACAAACGGCUGUUAUAUUACACUGUGCAGGCCCGCAAGUCCUUGAGGUUUAUGAUCAUUUUGAAUUUGAAGGAGAAAAUGACAAAAAUGAUCCUGUUAAAGUGCUCGAAAAACUAGAGGAAUAUUGCAAUCCACGACAAAAUGAAGUUCUGCAAUCCUUUCGCUUUUGGCAAGUACCCUUCCAAGAACCUUUUCACACAUUCCUAACAAAGUUGUACUCUUACGCUGAUUCAUGCAAUUUCAAGGAAAAAGAAAGAAUGAUACGAGACAAGAUAGUCUUCACUGUAACCGGUAAGCAACAAGAACUGUUAUUACGAGAGACUAGUUUAGACUUAAAGAAAGCUGUAGAAAUAUGCAAAGCUUAUGAGAUCACCUCGAGAAAUAAAAAGGAAAUGAGUGAAAGCAGUCAACUACAGAAGAUUGAGCAGAUAGCUGGCAAGAAAAGCUCAAAGUAUCCAUCAAAACAACAUCCUGAACAACAAAAGAACAGGAAUAACCCUCACAUCCUGAAGGAGUGCAAUUUUUGUGGAAAGUCUCAUCAAGCCAUUAAGACAAAGUGUCCCGCCUGGGGGAAACUCUGUAACCAUUGUAAAGGCAGAAACCAUUUUGAAGUCAAGUGCAAGAAAGUACACACACUAGAGACAAAGAGCAACUCUGAUGAAUCUGAUGACUCCGAUACCAACUGGCUUGCAACUGUGGAAGUUCCCAACAAAACCCGUGACAUUGAAUUUCACUACAUUCAAGGAAGUCAACUUGUUAUUGCCGACACCCACAGCCGAGCUUUUCUUGAUGUUCCUGACGCACAGGUGAGAGUCAUGAAAGUAAAUGCUUUGAAAGGAGUGCCAGAUGAGCGAAUCCGGGAGGUACAAGCGGCUACCGCACAGGACCAAUGUAUGCAGUCCCUGUUGAGCACUAUAAAAGAUGGUUGGCCAGAAAGCAAGAAGGAUGUACAAAAUGAUCUGAGGCCAUAUUUUGAUGUGCGAGACACAUUGAGCCAUCAAAAUGGAAUUAUCCUAAGGGGAGAAACAAUAGUUAUCCCAGCAUCGCUCCGUGACACCACAAAGAAACGAUUGCACUCUGCACAUUUGGGGUACAAUAGUAUGAAAAGACGAGCUCGAGACACCAUAUUUUGGCCCGGAAUGGCAAAAGAAGUACGACAGCUAGCAGAGAACUGUGAGGCUUGCCAGCAACCUUGGAAUAAGGUUGGAAUUGACCUUUUCGAGAUCAAGGGAAGAGAUUAUCUAGCCACGGUUGACUAUUUCUCGGGUUUCAUAGAAGUUGACCACCUAAGCACUGCCACAAGUAAACAGAUAAUCACCAAACUCAAAGGACAUUUUGCAAGAUAUGGCAUACCAAGUGAAAUGGUAACUGAUUGUGGUUCCCAAUUUAUUUCCUCCGAGUUCAAGACCUUCACCAAACACUGGGGAAUUAAGCAUGUAACAUCGUCACCCCUCCAUCACCAAUCGAAUGGAAAAGCGGAAGCUGCAGUUAAAACUAUAAAGCUAAUGAUGAAGAAGUCACUGCGGGACAACACUGAUCAAUAUGAGGCUUUACUUGAACUGAGAAACACGCCACGCCAGGGUACUGGACAAAGUCCAGCUAAAAUGAUGUUUGGUCGAGCAACACAAUCAUUCCUACCAGCCAUAUCGAACACAAAAUCAGAACGGGCGAGAAAUGCAACACAGAAAAGAGUAAGUUGUUGUUCUUAAAAAGCAUGGCGUGAAGGCCGCCUUUUAGUAUUAAACUAGAACUUAAUUGAGCUUAAUACAGACUUGUAGUCCUUUUAACACUAUACCAGCUGAAUAAAGAAUAGAAGUACGUGUCUUAUGCAGUAUAACAUAAUAAAAAUUAGUUUAGUUGUAUAUACACUUGGUGCAUUCUUUAUUUUUUGCAUACUAUGUUAUUUUCCAAUUGUAAAAUAAUGCACUACUUGUAUAUAUUUAGCGUCGCUAUACGUCUAGUUGUUAUUUGUAACAGUAAUGUACAACUUUACUAUGUGUCUAUGAGAAAGUAUUUAUAAGUCUUAAGAUUUUUUAUUUCCCUCUCAAUUUAUUUCCCUUUCUUUUAUUUCCCUUUAUUUUUUAUUUCCCUUUAUGUAACUGCGUGGUAAAUUCAAUCAAUUCAUUCAUGCUUAUACAUUAAUUCUAUUCAUUCAUGCUUAUCUAAUUCGUAAGCUCUGACCUUCAAUCAGUACAAAUAACGCGCUUUCUUUCACAAAGCAAGCAACGAGUUAGUUCCAGCCCCUAGGCCCUUUACUCGGCUGGCUUUGGCAGUUGUGGGUUUAGUGGCAUUUCUUCUAUAUUUUUCAGGAGGAUGGCGAAGUCCAACCUACCUUACAUGCGGAAAGAGAUUUGGUUCGAAACACCAUUUGCAAGUUUGUCAAUCAUCUGUCUGAAGACGAGAUUUCAGUCGAAGCAAGGCAACAAUUUUGUAGUUGCGUAAACUCUUUUAUCGAAGCGUAUGAACGAAAACUAAAGGAAAUAAAAGCAUUAAGAAACGUCAAUAAAAUAUGGAAACAGAAAGACGAAGAAACGAGAAAGAAAAUAAAGCAACUUGAACGACAGUUAGCUUCUAAAGUAUGCGAAGAGUGUGGACAAAAGGGAAUAACAGAACAAUUUGGUUCUUUGUCGGUGCAAGAUAAUAAAAAUGAGGUAAAUAAUUCCUAUUAUAUCAUGAUUCAGUCCGUUUUUCUUUGAUGUACCGCAGUGAAUAAAUUGCGUAUUACUCUGUAACUAUCAACCAAGAAAAACCACGCAAAAACAUACAACUUUCUUGGAAACAACUUAUUUCCCCUGGGAAUGUAUAUUUUCCCAACUGAGUGUGUAGUUGCUAAACAAGGCUGCUACAAACUCGACAAGCCCCUGAUCUCGUUUACUACUACAUAUCAUAACGCGAUACAUCUCUAGACGAGGAAGAGACAAUAUACUCUCUAGCCUAAGGUUCAUGCAUUAAACUCCACCUAGCACCAUGGAGGUGUCAUGAAUAUAUGUCUAUCCACUUGUUGGAAUCGACGUUUUAACUUUAAACUGAACUUCCAUUUGUUUUGCAGUCGUCAGGGUCGAGUGAAACAGAUGGCCGGCUGGUAAUCAGUAUGGAUACAGAUCAGAGAAGAAAAAGGCCACUUGAAAACGAAGAAAUUGAUGGAAAUGAAACGGACGUAAGUUUUCCAAAUCCCUAUAUUUUCACAAUUUCGUUGCUGUAAGCAUAGCCCUCCUUUCGUUAAGCCCCUUAUAUUUUAGAGAGUGCCAUUGCCUACCUUUUUUCCGGAGCUAAUUUCCACGCUUGGCAAACUAAAUUUGAAUAGUUUUCCAAAUUUUCUCUGCAUCCACUGAAAUUUAUUGUUUAAGCAAUGAAUCUUGGAUGCUGUAAUUUACAAUUAAGGUCAGAUUGGACUCUUAUAGUGUUAUGUUCAAUGUUUUCUUGCAGUCUAAUUCUGACGAGGAGUCACAAUUUCCAUCUAAAGCCGAUAUAAGAUGCCCUGUGGCACCUUGUGGGCUUGCUGCACUCCUGUACAUGUUUACCAUAAAGAAGAUCCACUUCUGCCCAACGAAAUUCAUUCAAAAAUACGGGGCAGUAACCCGUGGAAUGGCCCCAAGCUGCACGAAGAUCUUAAACAACCUUAAAAAUUUGCAUUACCUCACGAGAAUUUACGAAUGCAAAAACAUUACCGAAGGAAAACAUAACGAAAUACUAAAGGAAGCUGAAGAUGAAUUGAAUAAAUCGGCCCAAGAAGUAGGGUUAUUGUCGUAUUCAACUGCCGAAUAUAAUCAUUGUGUUACAGUAUAUAUUACAGCGAAGCAACCUCGAAUGCAAAUUUACGAUGCACACCUGAAAAAGGAGUAUAUCCAAGAUUUAAACCAAGUUCGUUGUCUUGAAUUAAUCGUUUUGAAUUAUCGGAAAGGCAAACGACCACUAAUUGUUAAGGAUUGGAUAGGCGAGUGUCAUACUGGUAUUUGCAAAGACGAGUUCCAACAGUUUUCAAGGAAUGAAAACCCCUCGUCACUGCUCAAUGUUUUGAAUGAAACCAACCGGGGGGUUUGA